UUCACUCUGUUACCGCCAACCAACAGAUAGCUCUGUUGCUAGACCUCUAGACCUAUAGUAUUAUUCAAGCCUUGGAUAAGCUCCUCUCGUAGGACUGAAGCUGGAAAUUCAAGCGCAAGAUGGCAAGGUUUCCUGGCCUCCUAUUGCUUGCUCUGAUCUUCGCGACAGGGGUUCGAGUCGACGCUGAAGAAAAAGGCGUCUUCAAGACAUCAGCGAAAGUGAGCAUCACCCUCCCAACGGAGGAGUCUACCUCGACGCUGCUCUUCUGGACAGAGUCACCCAACACGACGGCCAUUUUGAAUACAUUCGUCCAGUUUCCUUACCAAUUCGAUGUCAGAGUCAGUCAGACCCACAUCUGGCACAUUCCUUAUCUGUAUCAGCCGGCAUCGUUAGCCAUUAACCUGUCUUUUAUCGCCGUGCCCUCCUGCAAGAAGUACAUGGCGCUCACGAGCGACACAAUAAAAAACAUUACGAUCUCCAGUGACAUAGAAAUCCAAUGGGUGUUCUGUGGCAACAUCACGCUUGUAAACUCCAACCGCCGUCAGCCACUUCCUCCGGAACUCCCACUGGCUACCUGUUCGAAGCCCUCAUCGGGGUCUCCGCCCUUUGCGUGCUCCUGAUGGUCGCCAUUGUGGCCCUUCUGGUCCCCCGGCGUCGGCAGAAAAAGGAGGAAAAUCCCUACGAGAAUUAAAGCUCUGUGGUACUAUGGAGUUUUUACCCCGGCUCCUAUAAGGGUUUCAUCUGAUUCAAGUUGACUCAAAUAUUCUCUCUUGACGCACCUCAUAAAUAAUAUUAACGAGAAUAAGAACAUUUAUCUCCAGUAGUGGCCACUGUUAGAUGAAAGAAGAAGAAGAAGAAGAAGAAACAACUUCAUGAUUCUCGAGAGGAAUCAAGAGGCGACGACAUAUCCUGUUUACCAGCUCGAGUGCCGGUGUCGCAGUGCGCUUGGUGUUAAGACAUAAUCAAUUCUACAAGAAACUUUGAGCAUUAACAGGUGAUGGGACCAUCAUGUAGAUCUAAAGACUAUACUCUGUUUUUUUGUUUUUUGUUUCAUCUGUCCAUCAGCCUGUGGUGUUUGCGCAUGGUAACACUGCGUCCCGGGCUUUAGAUAGUUACAGCAGCUUACAUUCAACAGUUAUAAUAAUAUCCUAUUUCGAAUAUUAACGGUGUAAUUCUCAUACAGUAAAUUAUUAAAUCACUUUCAGCAGUUGCAAAUGUACACCCAGAUAUCCUUUUAUUUACCUAAAACUUACACAUAGCGUAACUAUGUAAAGCCCGGGACGCAGUGUUACCAUACGCAAACACCACAGGCGGGUGGAAAGAGGGAAAAAACAGAGUAUAGUUACAAAUUUGUAAUUCAUUAUAUAUAUAAAUAUGAGUCAAUUAAGAGUAUAAAUCCUACAGUUUAAUGCAUACGAAUAUCAGUAACCCCUGAUUAUCGAUAUUAUUGUAAAGAUGUCAAGAAUGUAUACGCGUUCUUUUAAAUUGAUGUCAUUUCCUUUAGUUAUCAUGCUACCACGGUAGCAUAACUAUAUAUGAGAUUUUUCAUUUAGGUUGACCAAAAAUUCCACUAUUCACUUGACCGGUGCUAAAUGAACAUUUAUGACGAUAUAUUCUGGCAGUCAGCUCUACUAUCUUAUGGCCCAAAAUAAGAUAAAUCAGCCUAUGCAAUUUCUAUCAUUAUCAUAAUUAAAAUCAAAAGAUAAACACUAUUCACAUGAAGCAAGUCUAGUAGUACAGUAAGUUCCAGAAGUGAAGCGACAAAUUUCAGAUUUGAUCGUAGAAGACUGCUAGUUGCCAGUUAGUAUAUUUUAUUCGAAUUAUUGUCAUCCUCUUUAUCUGAUCAUAAGUGUCAGUAAUUAACUGUAGAACCACAGAAGGUAUUUCCAGAGUGAAUGGUCAAUGUUAGUUCAAUAAUUAUUUAUUAAAAGAAAAGAAAUAAUCCCCCCCCCAAAAAAAAAAUUCCCUUAUAAACAUCUGCGGUCCUCAAUGUGGUAUAUCGAGUGUUCACCAUUAGUGGCAGCAGGAACCGAGUGCAUAAGCAUUGGCCUAAUGUGAUUUGCAAAUUAACUUUCUACUUUAAUAGCGUCAUAUCGAAAGUUAUUAUGAUUUCUUUUGAUAAAGCACAAAGAACUUUAGCAUCUGAUUAAAUGAAAUAUAAAUAAGGUACAGGUGGGUGUAUAUUUUCCAGUUUGUAUUUAAUAAUUUCAUCGAAUUCCUCAAUUGUGCAAAUUUUUGCAUGUGGAACUGCGUUCAGGGUCGCAUCAAACAAGUAUUUUCGUAGGUUUCCACCUUUUUUUUCAAUGCAGAAGUGAGACUAUUCU